AUGGGGAAAACGCAGUUAUGGGGAAAAUGCAGAGGCGAAUGUGGGGAAAAAGGCGAAUGUGGGGAAAGAGGCGAAUGUGGGGAAAGAGGCGAAUGUGGGGAAAGAGGCGAAUGUGGGGAAAGAGGCGAAUGUGGGGAAAGAGGCGAAUGUGGGGAAAGAGGCGAAUGUGGGGAAAGAGAGGCGAAUGUGGGGAAAGAGGCGAAUGUGGGGAAAGAGGCGAAUGUGGGGAAAGAGGCGAAUGUGGGGAUAGAGGCGAAUGUGGGGAAAGAGGCGAAUGUGGGGAAAGAGGCGAAUGUGGGGAAAGAGGCGAAUGUGGGGAAAGAGGCGAAUGUGGGGAAAGUGGCGAAUGUGGGGAUAGAGGCGAAUGUGGGGAUAGAGGCGAAUGUGGGGAUAGAGGCAUAUGUGGGGAAAGAGGCCAUUGUGGGGAAAGAGGCCAUUAUGGGGAAGGAGGCCAUUGUGGGGAAGGAGGCCAUUGUGGGGAAGGAGGCCAUUGUGGGGAAAGAGGCCGUUGUGGGGAAAGAGGCCAUUGUGGGGAAAGAGGCCAUUGUGGGGAAAGAGGCCAUUGUGGGGAAAGAGGCCAUUGUGGGGAAAGAGGCCAUUGUGGGGAAAGAGGCCAUAGUGGGGAAAGAGGCCAUAGUGGGGAAAGAGGCCAUAGUGGGGAAAGAGGCCAUAGUGGGGAAAGAGGCCAUUGUGGGGAAAGAGGCCAUUGUGGGGAAAGAGGCCAUUGUGGGGAAAGAGGCCAUUGUGGGGAAGGAGGCCAUUGUGGGGAAAGAGGCCGUUGUGGGGAAAGAGGCCAUUGUGGGGAAAGAGGCCAUUGUGGGGAAAGAGGCCAUUGUGGGGAAAGAGGCCAUUGUGGGGAAAGAGGCCAUUGUGGGGAAAGAGGCCAUUGUGGGGAAAGAGGCCAUAGUGGGGAAAGAGGCCAUAGUGGGGAAAGAGGCCAUAGUGGGGAAAGAGGCCAUUGUGGGGAAAGAGGCCAUUGUGGGGAAAGAGGCCAUUGUGGGGAAAGAGGCCAUUGUGGGGAAAGAGGCCAUUGUGGGGAAAGAGGCCAUUGUGGGGAAAGAGGCCAUUGUGGGGAAAGAGGCAAGCCAUAGUGGGGAAAGAGGCCAUAGUGGGGAAAGAGGCCAUUGUGGGGAAAGAGGCCAUUGUGGGGAAAGAGAGGCCAUUGUGGGGAAAGAGGCGAAUGUGGGGAAAGAGGCGAAUGUGGGGAAAGAGGCGAAUGUGGGGAAAGAGGCGAAUGUGGGGAAAGAGGCGAAUGUGGGGAAAGAGGCGAAUGUGGGGAAAGAGGCGAAUGUGGGGAAAGAGGCGAAUGUUGGGAAAGAGGCGAAUGUGGGGAAAGAGGCGAAUGUGGGGAAAGAGGCGAAUGUGGGGAAAGAGGCGAAUGUGGGGAAAGAGGCGAAUGUGGCAAGGAGGCAAAUGUGGCAAAGAGGCGAAUGUGGCAAAGAGGCGAAUGUGGCAAAGAGGCGAAUGUGCCAAAGAGGCGAAUGUGGCAAAGAGGCGAAUGUGGCAAAGAGGCGAAUGUGGCAAAGAGGCGAAUGUGGCAAAGAGGCGAAUGUGGCAAAGAGGCGAAUGUGGCAAAGAGGCGAAUGUGCCAAAGAGGCGAAUGUGGCAAAGAGGCGAAUGUGGCAAAAAGGCAAAUGUGGGAAAAAGGCAAAUGUGGCAAAAAGGCAAAUGUGGUAA